AUGCCGUCAGCAAUUGCAAACAAGCGCGUUAGAGGCAUCUCGAUCUUCCGACCAUUUGUAUUCGGAAGUGUCGCACACCCCUUCGAUCCAGAGAACAAGCCAGCAGAUUGCCCACCCGACCACACCCACCGCUGGCAAAUCUUCGUCCGCGGAAUCAACGGCGAAGACAUCUCCUACUGGCUCAAAAAAGUCCAGUUCAAGCUGCACGAGACAUACGCGCAAAAUGUCCGCACAAUCGAGCAACCCCCCUUCGAGGUAUCUGAGACCGGUUGGGGUGAAUUUGAGAUUCAACUCAAGCUCUUCUUUGCCCCGGAAUCAGGCGAGAAGGCCCAGACCUUGUGGCACAGCUUGAAGCUACACCCCUACGGACCCGAUGCGGAGGGCAUGAAAGAGCGCCGCGACACGGUUGUCAGCCAGAACUAUGAGGAGAUCAUCUUCAAUGAGCCUGUGGAGGCGUUCUACGAAAUUCUUACUGGUGGCCCCGGUGGUGGGCAGCCUUCUAAGAGUAAGGGAAAGAAUGCCAGACAGAGUGGAACGGCUGAUAUCCCUAUGAAUGAUACCCCCAACAAUCCUUACAGUCGCAGUACUGAGAAUAAGGAGCUUGAUCGGAUGGCCGAGGCUACUCAGACGGUUGAGCAGAUGAUAAAGGAGGAGAAGGAGCGUCUGAUUGAAAGAGAGAAGUUGCUAGCUGAAUUGCGAGAGAGUGAAGGUGUGCCUGCCAAUACGAAGAAGAGGUGA